AUGGACAAUACCGUAAUAUCAGGGAAUAAGAGUUACGGUGGUGAUGGCAUCAAGACAAGUCUCACUGCUACUGUGGGUGUUAAUGGGAAGGGCUUCAUUGCCCAAGAUAUCACAUUUAGGAACGAUGCUGGACGAGAGAACCAACAAGCAGUAGCAUUAAGAGCAGAAGCUGACUAUCUCACUUUCUAUAGUUAUUUCAUCUGUGGUGAUGCAACAGCUGUGUUCCAGAACUGCUUAAUUGUAGCACGCCUGCCACUGCCCAAGCAAUAUAAUACAAUCACAGCACAACAGAGAGAACUUGGGAACUACUCAACAGGAAUAGUGCUGCAAAAUUGCACACUAAAAGCAACACAGGAGUUAGAGAAAAUGGGAUGGGUUGAAUUUAUAACCGAGUCGUUAGUUCAGCCAUUCUAUCUUGAGUAUGGGAAUAGAGGACCGGGCGCAAUUACAGAGGGACGAAUGAAGUGGACGUUUGUCACUAAUGAUCCAGAGGUUGUAUCAAAUUUCACGGUUGAAAUGGCUAGCUCAGUAAAUAGAGUUCAAAACGACAAUCUUGAAAACCACAGAGAAAACGGUGUGGCUGCUCCAGGUGGUGGUGUACCACCAUGA